CAUUGCACACACACACACACCAAGUGAUCUUAACGCACACAAACAUAUGCUCAAAAAUGCACCAGCAAAUGGAGAGCAGAACAUACACAGCCCUAAUAUAGACAGAAAUUUACACUCACACACUUACAGCAUAGCAAGCAUACACACAGUUAUUCUUGGGAGCUUGAGUUCACAUCAGCCGCGCACACACGCACAGCUCUGGAGACAAAGAUUAAGCCAACACCGCCCCGCUUGACACAGCCACCGUCGCCAUCAUGCCUGGUGAGGAUAAACCACCACAACAGACCCGCCAAAGGAAGAGGAACAAAAAGUCCCGUUCCAAGGGGAAGAGCCCGGGUGGGAGUCCCAGUGCCCACCUGGGAGGUACCAUAGACAGCCAGGAUGACCUCCUCUUACCGCCACUGCCCCGGCCUGUACCUAAAAAGCCAGUGGAGGAGAAGCCCAAAGUGGAGGAGGAGUCAUCCAUUGCUAUCUGUCUUCAGGUGCUUUUCCCCUACCUGCUGGCUGGGAUGGGCAUGGUGAUGGCCGGCAUGGUGCUGGACAAUGUACAGAUAGUGUGGACACCCAUUAGUGCCCUUCCUCCAUCGUGGAGGAUCUUGCAAUCCUUUGAAUGUACCCCGAGGAGACGAGGAGUGAGGAGGCCUCUGGAGUAG